AUGUCCCGUCAAUUGGUCCAGCCCCAGCGGCCGUUGUCCCUCACCGAGGAGCUCGAGAAAUUGGAGCAGUCCAUCACGCUCACGCUACAAGAGAUCGACCACAAUUUCAGCCAAGCCCAUCGCAUUGUCACAACUAGCAUCUUGCCGCUCGUGGAGCAAUACACGGAGCAUUCUCGAGAUGUGUGGGAUGGUGCCAAGUUCUGGAAGCAAUUCUUCGAAGCUAGUGCCAAUGUAUCUCUUUCUGGAUACGAGGAGCGGCCCAAUGAAGAGGAUACGGUGCAGGAGCCCACGGCCACGGAAGAAGAGCUUUCUACCGAUAUAACCCAAAGCACCAGCCUCGACGAGACCAGCCAUUCACAGGAAACUCCCUCGUCACAACGCCUCGAUGUCCCUCAACACGGCCCGGGAGACGAAAUCGACCUCACCUCGCUCACCAUCUCCUCGCAUAGCACGCCUCGCGCCCCAGCCCAAAGCCAACAGCCCGUUGACAACAUGACACCUUCGAUGGAUUAUUCCUCGUCUUACGAGAACCUCAGACGACAGGUCAACGCAGCCAAAUCACCGUUCGACAUGCAGGACUCGUCGACUCUCCCGUCCACCCCGGGACGGCAGCCAUUUUUCCCGCACGUCUCAUCUGCAACCCCAAUGUCCUCCCCCUUCAUCCCACCAACGUCCUCCGCAAAGAGCCCGUCCGCGUCCCGCGAGAACCGAUACCAAAAGCCCGGUGAUCCUGUAUUGCACCAAAUGCUUGACAAGACAUACCGAGUACAGGCGACCCCUCUGAGCAAGGGCUAUGGCGACGCCAGCUCUCGACCCAAAUUCACCGUUACUCCCAAACCGGCGGCGUCCAGCUCGCGGCCCGGAUAUGACCACUCUCCCCUCUCCAGCCCAGAGCUCGAGGCACCGCAAAUGCACUCGGAGAUCUUCUCCUCGCCCAUCAAAGGCGUAAACGCCACGCCCGGCACGGCUCGCAAGCGGCGCACCAGCAGUAACCGCCUUCGCGGCACCCCAAAACCGGGUACGAGCGUGUUGACUCCCGCGAAGAAGGCCGGCAAGCAGGCCGUGUGGGAUAGCGAUGACGAUUUGGACGAUGAGGACUUCGGGCCGAGUCCACCCAAGACGAUGCAGUUCCAUAUUCCACAGAGUCGACUGAUGCAGACGCCGGCCAAGGAAGCAUCCAAGCGCAUCGUGACCGAUCUGCUGGCGACUGCCGGUGCCGAUGAUCUUACGGACGACGUCGAUGACCAGAGUCCGAAUGUUGUUGAGCGGAGGGGACGAUUAGAGGACGAUACCUUUUGA